CCAAUCACACCAUAGCCAGGCUAGAGCUUCCUUAACUACCUGUUAUAAAUGAGUGAAGCUUGGUUUAAAAUGCAUUUUUGAUUAGACAAAAUCAUGUUUCUGAAAGCUGUGCUACUCUUGCUGGGGCUAAAUUCUAUGGUGAGUGCUUAUCCGUUUAAGGCUAAUAGAUAUGCACCAGAUGAUACAUGGACUGACCUGGAGGAACUGCUGCCAAAUUACAGGGCAAAAGAGCCAACUGACCUUAAUACUCCAUGUCCACCUCUAAACUUGCCCCAAUUUCAGCAAAUAGAUUUUUUGGAUAUCCAUAAGCCGAUAUUUAAACCUGCACGAAACCGUAGACCUGUACCUGACUUGUUGAGGUCUAUCCUACUGCCAUCACCGAUACCUACAACAGAAAGUCCGCCGACGUCUGAACCGAAAAACAUAGAGCUUUUGUGCCACAUAGACCGGAUUUAUGUGAGGGUUAGGAAAAGUCUCUUUACCCAUGUGGAUGCUGGGAAAUAUCUCAAAGUGGGGACAUGUUCUGUGAAUAAGGCCACACCUGAGCAUUACUACUUCCUGUAUCCCAUUAACAGCUGCAACAUACAACGUGAUGAGAAUGAAAACUACGUCAUGUAUUCCAACACGCUAUCCUAUGAACCUGUGACGGAUGAACCAGUCAUUCGUGAGCUACCAUUUUCUGUGCAGUUGGAGUGUCGUUACAACAAGCAUUUCCGCUCCUACAGUGUUGGCUUUCAUCCUCAAGUGGAAGCGGGAACGGUUUUCUUGAGCUUACAAGGUGGAGUCUCCCUCACACCUGUAGAUGAGAACUGGGAACCUCUCGGCACGUUGCAUAGUUAUACCUUUGGCCAGCCCAUGUACUUCGAGGCCAAGGCUCCAUUUAGUCAUGAUGGAAAAAGGCUCUAUUUGAGCAAGUGCUACGUCACUGCUUCUUCUGAUCCUGAUAGUACACUAAAAUACACUGUACUGGACAACAAUGGGUGUAUGGUGGAUGGCAAGAACUCUCCUCAAAGCAAGUUCUACCCUAGCGAUGAGAAGAGCACAUUGAGGUUUUCUGUGGGAGCCCUUAUGUUUAAAGACAUGAUCUCCCAGUCUGCAAACAAGACGGAAAUGUUCAUUCAUUGUGAAAUGUCCCCGGGACCAGAAAUGCCAAUGUCAAGCACAAAAUCAUGUUCCUAUGAAGCGGAUGAACAGCGGUGGACGGAGCUGUAUGGGAACGACUCAGUCUGUGACUGCUGUGAUGCAUCCUGUCCUGUUCCAGAGCCCUCAGUGAGUUUGAAGAUCUCCAGCAACUCAUGGAAGGUCAAGAGCCAGGUUGAUCAACCUGCAACAAAAUCCUUUGAAGUAAAGGAAGAAGCUCUUGAUCAUAGAGGGUUUGCGACAUUUUGGGACACUUUUGAUGAUCUGGAUUCAUUAGCGCAUGAUGCUUAAAAUUGUUUUGGGGAUAUGGGCAUAAUGAAUAAAUAAUAAAGUGAAAGUGUUUUCACUGUAAAUGUGGUCUCUUUUGCAGUAUUGACUAUAUAAUAAAAGUGAAAUUGGUAAAUUGAA